AUGACUUGCAUGGCUUCUGGAAAACAACACAAGCAUGAAGCCAUCUUGCACUUCGAGCAGAACCAUCUUGACAGACCUUUCUUCCUUCAAUCUGCUCAGGAGGCGACCAACAAGACCUUGCAGGAGGCGUUUGACUACCUCGGCCCUGCCCUCGAGAACCCGCCGCUCUACUCGGACACGGGAGCAUAUGCACAUCUGCCUCAGCUGAAAUGCUUCGAACAGAGUGUGCAGGCUUCCGAGCCGAUCGAUAUCGCUUUCGUCGGGGCUCCUUUCGAUACGGCGACGACUUACCGUCCUGGAGCCCGAUUUGGCCCUACGGGAAUCAGGCUGGGCUCGAGACGUUUGGCGAAGCAUUCAGGGCAUUCGGUCGAGAACGACUUCAACCCUUUCGACGGCCAGUAUGCGCGAGUGGUAGAUUGUGGUGACGUCCCAGUAACGCCCAUGGACAAUCGGGUAGCCUUGACUCAAAUCCAAGCGGCUCAUCAGAUCAUUGCUUCAUACACCCCGGCAAACACCACCACCACACCCAAAGUUCCACGUAUUAUCACCCUCGGGGGUGAUCACACCAUCACGCUUCCCGCCAUGCGCGCGGCCUACAAACACUGGGGACCGCUGAGCAUCCUUCACUUUGACUCGCAUGUCGACACCUUCCGACCACGCAUCCAUGCACCGGAAUCAAGAUACUCGCGCGUCAACCACGGCACAUACUUUCACAUUGCGCAUGACGAGGGCAUUCUCGGCGACGAGACCAACAUGCAUGCCGGGAUCAAGGGCGUCUACCUCGACAGUGGUGAUGAGGCUCACGACCGCAAAUGCGGCUUCGACAUGGUCAAAUGUCGAGAGAUUGACAGCAUUGGCGUCCAGGGCGUCAUUGAGAAGAUCAAGGCUCGAGUUGGCACAGGGCCAGUAUACCUCUCCUUCGACAUCGACAGUGUGGAUCCGGCCUUUGCCCCGGCUACCGGUACAGCUGAGCCAGGUGGAUGGACCAGUCGUGAAGUUCUCGCGAUCAUCAGCGGGCUAUCGAGUUUGAAAAUUGUGGGCGCUGAUUUGGUGGAAGUGGCCCCGAUGUAUGACACCGCCGCAGAGCAGACCGGACAAGUGGCUGCGGAGAUCCUGUACGAGAUCCUGACAGUCAUGAUCAGGUCUCCUGUCUGA